AUGGCCAACUACAACGGGCGUCGCAUGCCCAACUUCUCGCAAUACCUCGAUGACUUGAAUGCAAUUCCCUCGCCCUACGACCAGGCCCAGCAGCAGCAGCAGCAGCAGCAAACUACCUUCAACGAUGAGGACCUAGCUCUAUUCACCAAUACAGAGUUCUUCGAGUUCGACAAGUUCACCGACUUCGGGGUUUUGCCUUCAUUCCCCGAGGACAGCAAGACACACGAGGCCAUCUCAGACCAAUCUGUGCAAAAUGACGAUCUGAAGUUCUUGGAUUUCCUGAAUGCAGAGGGAUUCAAUAGCAUACCCGAUUACCAGCCUGACCUGACUGGCUCUGAUGUCCAGGUGCCCAUGCACACUGCCCACUUUGCGGCGGUUCCGUCCGUUCCUAAUGGCCCUAUGACUGCAAACCAGGCACUCAUUCAACCCGCGCCAAUCAACACCGCCCCGAAAGUUGCCCGGGCUCCAUCUUCUGUUUCUAUGUCGCCUUCUACUCCGGUCACCGGCACCAAGCGCAAAAGCUCGUCAAACUCAACCCAGGACAGCGCUGAGGAGGCUAGUCGUCAAAUGGCCGAGGAAGACAAGCGCCGCCGUAACACCGCUGCCAGUGCCCGCUUCCGUGUGAAGAAGAAGCAGCGUGAGGCUGCCCUCGAGCAGACUGUCAAGGAGACCACCGACAAAAAUGAGAUUCUUGAGGCUCGCGUGUCUCAGCUCGAGCUGGAAAACCACUGGCUCCGUGGUCUCAUCAUGGAGAAGAACGGUGCCGAUGAGCAGUCUGAACAAGACAUCUCGGAUAUGUUCAAGAAGUUCUUGGCCUCACAGAAGCCUGACGGUUCAAGUAUUUCCGACCUGAAGCACGGUGUGGGCACUACUGUGUAA